ACCCCUCCGCCCUCAUCAGCAUAGACGCCCGCCAGCAGGUCCGCAGCAUGGCAGAACUUCCCGCGGCCCUGCACGCCACGCUGUGCCUGCUGCGCGGCGACAGCAGGGGCGGCGGCCACCGCGGCCUCAACGGCGCCGGCGGCCCGCCUGAGGGCGGGGCAGGGCCGGAGCACGCUCAGGCGCAGGCGGGCGCGGAGGCGGCGUGCGCGUGGGCGGGCGCGCUGGGGUCGGCGAUGGAAGAGGACGGCUAA